AUGGACACCUCAGCCCAGUCUUCUUCCUCCAAUCCCAACUUCUCGCAGGCAUCCAGUCCAGUCACACCCGAGAGGCAAUCUAUGAACGGAUCGCAACCCGCAUUAAACGGAAGUCUCAGUGACCUCAAUCAACAAAAACUACAAAGUUAGUCCGUUUUGUAACACAUGUUUACAAUAGAUGUUAUCUGGGAAUGAUUUCACAGAGUUGGGUUCUCUGUCCCUUGUCACACACCCUCGUGACUCUUAUCAUUUCUUCCCAAUGUCGUUUCUCAAACAGUUAACUCUUCAAACUGCUCGUACGUCUUUUUCUUUCCUUGAAAAUACGAUCUUUAGGAAGAAAAUCUGACUUAAACUUCAUAAAAGUGCUCUAACUUCUAGCAUGCCUAUUUCUUCAGGAGUAAAGUCGCUAGAAACCUGUCGAGUAUGUGGAGAUGGGCCAGCACGAAUGCAUUAUGGAGUUCCAACGUGUUUUGGGUGUAAGGGAUUCUUCCGACGAACGUUAAAACGAACGAAAGAAUACACUUGCAGGUACAAUGGCAACUGCAUUGUUGACCGAUGUAAGUAUGACAGCAAAUUACGUUACCAGGGGCGUAGCUGACCAGAAAAGUUCUAGGGGGGAGGUCGUCUGGGGGGAUCUCGUCUAUGCAUGUAAAAAAUUUACAAAAUCCUUGCUCCCCCCCUUACCACCUUUUUCUAUUUUUUUCUACGACCCCGGCCUGGGGGGCCAUUACAAUUAAAGUAAAUUAACAGUGGUGCUUUAGACGAACGAAACUCAUGCCGAUACUGUCGAUUCAAACGAUGUUUGGAGGUCGGGAUGGACCCCAAAGGUAGACAUAAUAAUUGCUUUGUUGAUGAUUAUUCGUUUUGUUACACAACUCCGUCGUUUAGCUGUCCGUCCAGAUCGCGAUGCGGCAGGCCGAACUCAUCCUAUCAGACACCGCCGAAGUCGGAUGUCAAUGGAUCAAGACGAUGACGAGGAAGAGGAAACAACUGCUGAAUGGAUUCGAAAGUUGCCAGUUGACAUGAGGACUCUUCUCAUGCAGGUUAUGAACAUCGACCUUAUGGUUCAAGGCGGUGAUACCCAUGCCGAUCCCUUAAGUGUAUAUCCACUCCAAAUCGGAUCACUGCGUCAAAUCCUCGAAGAUCCGACGACCUUGGAUGGCAAAAGAAUAGAAGUACGGAUAAUCUUUAUGUCUAAUAAUAUCAUCUAGAUGAGAUACGAGCCUUAUCGCCGAGUACUUCCAGAAGAGAUGGUGGUCGUCGCCCAUAGGAGGUUGAUCGAAGUCAUCGAUACAGUCGACCAUCUCGCACAAUUAAUGGAUCUUCACAAUAUCGACGACAAAGUAAUAUAAAUAUUUACUAGAAAGCAUUACCCGAAAAAUUCAAAAGAAUGAGUAUUACCAUUAAGAUAUGAUUACAGCUUGCCCUUGUAAAGUCCGCGUAUGCUCCACUGGCUUUAUUUUCAACUGUCUCGAUGACUGCUAGGACAACCAAAGAUCGCGAUACAUUCUGCUUAUGUUGUUGUGGAUACAUUGCCCGGGGAAUGUCUCUGAAACAAUACGACGCCCCAUAGUAAGUCGGAAUUAUAAAGCGUCAAAUUUGAAUGCUUAGUCAUUUCACAAAUCGUAUUGUCGACCGAGCCCUGGAUGAACUGGUAGAACCCUUCAGAGCAUUCAACUUUAAGGAACAAGAAGUCGCCUUAAUGAAGGCGAUUGUUACCCUAAAUCCUCGUAAGUUAUUUGCAACUACAGGGUGUCCAGAAAAAGCGACCCUAACUUUUUGCUUAAAACCACCCUAACGUUUUCCCUGCCCAAAUAGGUCUGAAAUCGAGUUCCUCUGUAUGACAUUCAAAAAUACAUGCUAAUCAAUCGAUAAAGUCAUAAAAAAAUACUAGGACAGCAAAACACGGCGAAUUCCGCAAAAAAUUAUAUCCAAUAUUGCAAAAUUGGCUGACUAGCCAAGGGGGUUACUCUGUGUUCACACCGAAAAUUCAAUAGUACGACGCGCGCCAUAAAGUCCGUAGAAUUUUGCAUGGUGCAUUCGUUUCUUUUCCUUUUUCUCUGGUCAACCUGUACAAGUCGGCUUUUAAAAAUGUCGUUAGCAAAGUCGUUCUUUAGAUCUUCGUACACUUUCCACCGAAGGUUCAGAACAAGUAGCAGAUCUACGUGACAGAAUUCAAGAAACCCUUUACAACGUUGUCAGAGAAUCCCAUCCUAAAGAGGUCGCUUCAUCACGUUUUGGCAAUCUCCUUCUUUUUCUCCCAACCAUUAUGCUACUCGGAAACACAAUGUAUGAGAACCUCCAAUUCCUUCAAUCAUUCAGUAAUCGGAAGGUGGAUCCCUUAUUAGCAGAACUUCUGGAUAACCUUGAUCCUGUUCAGGACAAUGGUGCAAACCCAGAAGAUUUCUUAAACAUAUCCUCGUCAGAAUAUGGAUCUCGAAUGAGUCAUUCACAGUCCAAUUCGUCAAUUUCUUCAAUGGGAAGUCACGAAGAAUUUAAUGGCGUAAUGUUAACCGAACAAUAUUACACACGGUAAGCCGGUCUCGACUAAAAAAUAGAUAAAUCUCAGACGCCAAUCAGCAGACCCCUGCUUUCCGGCUCCUUCUGGUUCCAACCAAGCCAACCCAAGUACAUCCAAUUCCAAUUCAGCCCCAGCCCUUGACCAGCCUCAAGACUCUGAUCCCGAUUACAAUGUAACUCUUACCGCCGAGACCUUUUCUGGGAUGAGACAAGCUAUAGCACAGUCCAUGGAGGUUGACACCGACCAGCCCACCAAUGGAGAGCAGUUCAAUCGGUCUAAACCUCACUUUUACCUUGAGCCAUUCUCUCAGCCAAGCAACUUUGUUCAACCACAACAACAAUUCCAAGUAGGAUCCAAGCACAUAUUCACUGUGGAGACGGCGAAACAACUGAGCAAUUACAAUAGUCAAACGACAACAGUAUUCUCGAAUGGGUCCCUCACCGAGCCCGCCCAGCCCUCACUCUCCAAAUCUCAGUCUUAUCCUUACUUUUAUCAGUUCCCCAACAAUGUCAACUUUCAGAACUAUAACGGUCAAUGA